AUGCUCGCUCAGACGCUGCGACUCCCCACCGGCUGCUGCAGCUCACGUCUUCUGCUCUGGGUUCCUCGUAGAGUUCUGCUCGGUUCCACGGACAGGCUGGAGGGCGGCCUCGGGUCCAGCCUGCUGAGGAAGAUCUCUUCCAGGAGGCGAAACAACAGCCCUCAGCCCCCAGAGGCCAAUGAAAUGGGAGGAAGUGGGGAUGACGGUGGACCCGGCAGGCUGAGCCGCCGGCUGUCUCGUCUGGGCAGCAGGCAUCAGUCCAGGGAUCCUCCCAGACCUCCAGCCCAGCCGGAGAGACCUGCAGCCGCCCCGGUUCUACAAGAUGAGCGUCCUCCUCCACCUGCUCCUGCUUCUCCUCCAGCUCCAGCUCCUCUUCCUCCACCCACUGAAAUGAAACCCAGACGUCCCGACAAAGCUACCAAACCGAAGCUUCCCCCUCGACCCAUGUCCAAAGUGUUCAGCAGCACCGAGCACGGAGCAGCUGUGUUGCAGGGCUUCGAUAGUUUCCGGUCCGAUGAGACUCUCUGUGACGUUGUUUUGGUUCCUGGAGACAGUAAAGACACCUUUCCAGUCCACAGAGUCCUCAUGGCUUCAUCCAGCGACUACUUCAAGGCCAUGUUCACAGGAGGCAUGAGGGAGCAGGAGAUGAGGGAGAUCAAGCUGCAUGGGGUGACUAAGACGGGCCUGAAGAACAUCAUCGACUUCAUUUACACCUCCAAAGUCAGCCUGGACAUGGGGAACCUGCAGGACACGCUGGAGGCCGCAAACUUCCUGCAGGUCAUGCCCGUCCUGAGCUUCUGCAACCAGCUGCUGAGCAGUGAGAUCACUAUUGAUAACUGUGUGGAAGUGGAGCACAUCGCCACAGAUUUACUCCUGGAGGACGUUCAGCUCAACAUCGGUGAGUUUGUGAGCCAGAACCUGUCUGAGCUGGUGGACUGUGGUCGCUACCUGCAGCUCUCUGAGACCACCAUGGCCAACGCUCUGUCCAGCAACUCCCUGAAGGGUUUCUCUGAGCUGGAGCUCUACCACAUCGCCAGAGGAUGGCUGGACCACGACCUUCCCAAGCGCCGCUCCUCCGUUUACGCCUUGAUGCGCCACAUUCGCUUCCCUCUGAUGAGCCCCAGCGAGCUCAUCCAGAUCUCCCAGGACGACGAAGAAGGAGGCGACUCCAUGAUGCGCUCGGAGACGUCCUGCGUGAACCUGCUGCUGGAGGCCAGCAACUACCAGAUGAUGCCCUUCAUGCAGCCAGCCCUGCAGACCGAGAGAACGCAGAUCCGCUCGGACACCACGCAUAUCCUGGCGCUGGGCGGCGUGAUGCGACAGCAGCUGGUGGUGAGUCGAGAGCUGAGGCUGUAUGAUGAGAAGACCGGCCACUGGAGAGCCCUGAGGCCCAUGGAGGCGCCUCGCUAUCAGCAUGGAGUCGCUCUGCUGGGAGGCUUCCUCUUCAUCGUUGGAGGUCAGAGCACCUACGACACAAAGGGUAAGACGGCCAUCGACAGCGCCUACAGAUACGACCCCAGAUUCGACAAGUGGCUUCAGAUCGCUUCACUCAAUGAAAAGAGGACCUUCUUUCACCUCAGCGCUCUGAAGGGGAAACUGUUUGCUGUGGGAGGAAGGAAUGCAUCAGGAGAGAUCAACACGGUGGAGUGUUACAACCUGAAGAAAAACGAGUGGACGUUUGUGACCAGCAUGGUGGAGCCUCACUAUGGACAUGCAGGAACAGUUCAUGGGGAUCUCAUGUACAUCUCAGGGGGCAUCACUCGCGACACCUUCCAGAAGGAGCUCUGGUGUUAUGACCCUGGAUCCGACACGUGGACCCGCCGGGCCGACAUGAUGGACCUCCGAGGGCUCCACUGCAUGUGCACAGUGGAGGACCGGCUCUACGUGAUGGGAGGAAACCACUUCAGGGGCAGCAGCGACUAUGAUGACGUCCUCAGCUGCGAGUUCUACAGUCCGGACUCAGACCAGUGGACGGUGGUGGCGCCGAUGCCCCGGGGACAGAGCGACGUCGGUGUCACCGUCUUCAACGGCCACAUCUACGUGGUGGGAGGCUACUCCUGGAACAGCCGCUGCAUGGUGGACAUCGUUCAGCGCUAUGAUCCGGAGAGCGACGCCUGGGACCGAGUCUUCAACGUCCUGGAGCCUCUGGGAGGCAUCCGGGCCUGUACGAUGACGGUCCACCUGCCAGAGGGUUCAGUGGACGAGGCCCAGAUCCAGGAGUGUCCGUUGCCCACCGCCAAGAGCUGAGAGCAGCAGGGGAGGUGCAGGAGGAAGUCUGCAGCAGCAAAACAAGAAGCUGUGUGGGCCGUAAACACAGGCUUCAUGUUUGGGCGAGGUGGCUAGCUAAUAUUAGCAUUCUGCAGUCUGAAGCUUUGACACAUUUUCUACCAAACACAGGCUUCAUGUGUAGGUGAGGGAGCAGCUAAUAUUAGCAUUCUGCAGUCUGAAACCUUCACAUGUUUUCUACCAAACACAGGUUUCAUGUGUAGACGAGGCGUCUAGCUAAUAUUAGCAUUCUGCAGUCAGAAGCUUUGAAACGUUUUCUACCAAACACAGGCUUCAUGUGUAGGUGAGGGAGCUAGCUAAUAUUAGCAUUCUGCAGUCUGAAGCUUUACCAUGUUUUCCAGCAAACACUUUGUUUCACGUCCCUCCUGCUCUGCUGCUUGAGUCCAUAUUCUCUGAAUGAAAGACCAAACUGCUUGGUUCAUUGAAAAACUCAACCAGGAAAACAAGUCAGGACCAACUCGAAGAUAAACCCCCCGAUUCAGCACCAAAAUACUGCAAAUGAAGCAUAAAGACGGCGUUCCAACCAUCAGUGUUUCUGUUAUUAAUCUGUAAAAUAAAAGGAAUGAACUGAACUCUCUGUUUGAUGAUGAAGGAUGAAGGAGUCACAGUGGUUCUGGUUGAUAAGACAGAAAGACAGACAGAUGGACGGAUACUUACUGACGUAGUUACUUACUGACGUAGUUACUUCUUUACAUACUUAGUUCCUUGCUUACUUUUUACUGACUUCUUAUUUAAUUACUUACUGACUUAUUUACUCAGUUACAUAAUGACUUGUGUACUUAAUUACUUACUUAGAUACUUACUUACUUACUUACUGACUGACGUAAUUACUUUCAGUUAGUUGACUGUUUCUGUAAUUUGUAAACUAAAGGAAGUGAUUUCUCUGUUUCUUGAUGAACUGUGUUUUGACAGAUAACUGAUCUUCCAGUCAGGAGGUUUUUAAGCCAUAACGUUUUAUUCUGAUUCGUAGAUGGAAAUUCUUGUCCUUUUAUAAAUUCGCCCUGAAACCAACAAAGUCGACUUCAACAAACAUCCUUUGUGCUCAAUUAAAGACUCACUGAUCCUCUUCUAAUGAGUUUCACCAAAGUGAAACCAGAUAAAGGGUGGCUGAACAUCACGAGUUUAGUAUCUGAUAACGUGGAAACAGAAGCUUCUGGUUUGAUGUGUUUUGUACAGUUCUGCUGCUUUAAGAUGAAAUAAAACCUUUAUUGUGGACUUCA